AUGAGUCCUCCGAUUCAACCUCCUGUUUCGUUUCCGAAAGCACAACUCACGGCUUUUGAUCCGAGUGUGAUACGAUUUCCUCAGAGUGAACAUGAAGUAUUGGGAUCGUUGGAUAAUUAUUUUAAUACCUUGUCCAAGUCGGGAGUUGCUUCUCCGAUUGCUACUGACAGGUCGUUGGCAUCAAGGGAGAGUGCUAACGUGGAAGCGGAAAAGAAACAGAAAAAAAAUAGAAAACACUUGGAUUUUAAUGCCAUUCAUGAGGAUAAAGCCAUCGGAAGACAAUUUUUGCAAGAAAAAGCGCUUCGGAAAUAUGAAGAUUAUUUGAGAACAUGGAAUGCUAUUGAAGAUAGAAUUUGUACAAAACUUGAAAAGCCCAAGAAAGAUUUAGUAAUGGAAAGUCAUGAAAAAUAUCGACUUAAACGCGAGGAAAUUGAUUUCCUUGAAGCGUCUCUACCUGUAGAAACGAGACACAACGAAUGGAGCUGGGAGCUUUCUUUAAGAAAGGUUCCUGAGGACGACGGUGUAAGAUAUGUUCAAAUUGGCUGGUAUCCAUAUCCAUUGUUUUGUCCAAUUAUUGAACCAAAAGUAAGAAGACCUACAACGGUUCGAAAUCCCAAUAAGAUUGGAGUCAUAAGUGAAAAUACAUCACUAGGUAUUCGAACUCUCAGUUCAGACUAUGUCAAAAAAAUGUAUGGAGAAAUUUUAAGUAAAACGUUUAAACAUGAUCCAGCUCCAGAACUUGAGGAAUUACAAAUUCAAGGAAAAUCCAUCACUGCCAAUUAUCAAACAUACGACAUUGAAGAGGAAUUCUCACCAAAUAUUUAUUCGACCCAAGAUGAUGACGUCAUUGAGGAAGACACUUCGAAUGUUCCUUCAUUUUCUCUUUCAGAGAAUGACAUUUUAUUUGAUUGUACACCCAAUGAACAAUGCAAGAAAGAGAUCAUUCUCGAAAACACGGGUUGUUGCGCAUUGAGAUAUAAAUGGGUGAAUCUUGAACCAGUCACUGAUUUACAACGAAUACGAGCAGCAUCGAAAUUCUUGCUAACUGAUGAAAAGAGUGGAAUUUUACUGCCCAAUACCAUGAAAAGUUUCACAUUUUCAUUUGAAUCGGAUAUUGAGGGAAUUUUCACUGAUGGUUUUCGACUUGAAACCGUUCCAAAAGCGUUUACAGACUGUGAUCGAGUGUUACUGAAAGGUGUUGUCAUUUCAGAUACCAAGGAAUUUGAUCCUUUAGAAUCUCAACUCGUAAAUAAUGCCACCGAAGAGUAUCACAAUAGCAAUUGUGUGGAAAUUUCAAAUUCUUCCUCAUUACGAAGCACUCCAUCUGAGAAACUCCCCGAUCACAGAGAAGAAAUGAGAAAAAUCAAAAGUGACUUGUUACGAGAAAAAUUCGUGGAGAGAAAUAAGGAACUGCUCCAAGAGUUUCGUCUUUCAGUCAUUUCAAAAGAUUUGCUUCAGGCCUUUUACUGUUUGUACAUGAACGCUCAGACGAUUGUAUUGAACUCUCAGCAGUCACCGUCCUCAAUGCCCAAUUCCACAUGGGAUUAUUCCAUUUUUGCUCUCAGAACCUUGAUUCAGCAAGUGCAGGAUGAGAGUACACGUCAUGGGUUAUUGAGUGUCAUGUUGCAGCUGCUUCGAGUUCUUGAGAGGGAGCAAGUUGAAAAUUUGGAACAAGAAACUCGCAACUUGGAGACCAAGAUUCGACAAUCGAUCAUGUAUGAACAGUUUGUGGAAGCCAUUGACGAAUUCUUGGAUACUGCUUCCUUUCUACAUGACUCGAUGUUCAAUUCAACGAAUACUGAUCCUAAAAAGCCCUCAGGAAGUACAACCAAAGAAGACUCGCCAGAGACACUGAAGACCUAUUUAAAGAACUUAACUCACCAAACCUACACCAUCUUUGGAAAUGCAAUUUCGCGAGUUGAAAGUUUGUGGAAGCAACACUUGGAAAAUAAUUCUAAACUUUUAACAAGCAGUAAUGAAGAACAAUAA